GAAUAUGUUGCUAAUAAAACUAGGAAAACUGAAGAGCGGCGUAAAGCGAUUGAAGACAUUAACGCGGUUAUUCAGCAGAUUUAUAGGGACCAAGAUCUUACACAAGAUGUUGGCAUGGAGCAUUUUAUUAAAAAGGUGGAGGCGGCUCACUGUGCUGCCUGUGACCUCUUCAUCCCGAUGCAAUACGGCAUCAUCCAGAAACACUUGAAGUCGCUCGACCACAACCACAACCGCCGGGCUAUGAUGGAGCAGUCCAAGAAAUCAUCGCUAGUAGUUGCGAGGAGUAUUCUCAACAACAAACUAAUCAGUAAGAAACUGGAGCGGUACCUGAAGGGUGAGAAUCCUUUCACGGAUGACCCAGAAGAAAAAGAGGAGCAUGAGGAAGGAGAAGGGGGAGCCAGUGGAAAUCAUGGGUCCCUGGUGACAGCGACUUACCGCAUCUUCAGCUGCGCCCGUGAAGUCCUCUGCGAGCAGACGGGAGCGAGAGACUGA